AGAAGAGGGGGCGGUGCCGCAGGUCGGUUCCAGACGCCUCAGGGGCGCGGAAGAGGAGAACCAGGAUCGCGCGCAGGAGGCAACUGCUGCGAGGGCGGAGCCAACCCUUGACUUGGUAAUCCCGGAGAAGGCCUGCGUGCGGGAGUUCCGUGACCCGGAAGCCAGAAAAUACUCAGUGAAGACCCACUGUGUGCCAGUCACCGUGCUGAUGAUACUGACAUCACAGACCUCCACUUGCCGUGAGAAUGGAAACAGACUGUAAUCCCAUGGAGCUAAGCAGCAUGUCCAGAGUUGAAGAAGGUGCAGAGCUCAAUGGCUUUGAAGGGACCGAUGUGAAAGACAUGCGGCUGGAAGCCGAAGCAGUCGUCAGCGACGUUCUCUUUGCUGUGAACAACAUGUUCGUCUCCAAAACCCUGCGCUGUGCAGAUGAUGUGGCCUACAUCAACGUGGAAACGAGAGAGAGGAACCGAUACUGCCUGGAGCUCACCGAAGCAGGGCUCAAGGUAGUAGGUUAUGCUUUUGACCAGGUGGAUGAUCAUUUACAGACUCCCUACCAUGAAACGGUCUACUCCUUGCUGGAUACGCUCAGCCCUGCCUACCGGGAAGCAUUUGGAAAUGCACUCCUUCAAAGACUAGAAGCUUUGAAAAGGGAUGGGCAGUCAUGACUAAGUUUCUUCCUGUUAGGGGAGGGGGUGUCACUGGAACAGAAUGUUGACACAAAGCUUGAAAUUCUUGCAUAUGGUCAUAGUAGAAAAUGCUUUUUUUUUUUUUUUUGAGUAAAAGUAGAUUUAUUCUGAGAGAUGCACACUCCAUAGACCAAGUAUAGGUCAUCUCAAGAGGCCUCGAGGCGUGGGGUAGGGGGCGGUGUUCAGUUUAAAGUAAAAGUAGACACACACUCCAUAGGCAGAGUGCAGGCCAUUUCUGAAGGUGAGGGAGCAAGAGGCCAGAAAGUGCAUUUUUGAUUUUGUGUCUUUAUCAUGUUUCAAAUUUAGGCUUUUGGUUGUGAACGUUAAUGACUAAUGAAUUAUCUUUCUUAGUUUCUGAUUCAUUAAGGAAAUCCUGAGGCCACUGCUGUGCCACCUUUAUUAGGACAUGCAAAUUUCUUCCUAUAGCAUCUCUGCAUUUCAAAAACCUAAUCAGUAUUGUAUUCUCUUAUUAUAGGACUUCGAUGCUGCCAGCACUCUCUCUUACAUAGGAAAUUCUAGAUUUGCACAGUGAUUUAAGAAUGAAAAUGACCUAACUUCAAACUUUGAUUCAGCUUGCUAAAUCAGGGGUUUACUGACUUUGUAGUAAUUAUUUUGCUACCAGCCUUAUUGGAAACAAAUUAUCAACUAGUUUCCCCUGCACAAAUUUUGAAAUCUACUUCUUCAUUUAAUCUAUUUAUAUUAUGAAUAUGAACUGAUAAAAAUGAAUUAAUUAUAUAUUACUUAGCUAGUAUUACAUGAAAAACAGGUACUGAGACAGUACCCUAUUCCUAGUUUGCAACAGCCAGCCAGCUAAGAGGACAAGCUGUUAGCAAAUGAAUGUAAUAAUUACUUGUUUCCAAGACAUUUAAGCACAUAAGCAAAUGCAGGAACAGGCUCCAUUCUUUUCCUAACAAAAAGCAUCUUCAGUGCGUGUGAUUUAAAAGAAAGAAGAUUCUGAUUUCCUAGAAAACAAUAUUUUGGCCUGUGUUGAUUCUUAUUAUGAAUGUUUGUUUACAUAAUGUACAGUAUAUAUUCAGAAAGUAUUUUUGCUUCAACAUUUACUUUCUAUAACGUAGGGCUUUGGUAUUCCCACAGCACCCCUCCUUCCCAACAGAUGUACAGUGUUCUGUCUCAGUGCUAAAUCUGCAAUGUAAUGUGAGUGCAUUGUAUGGGUUUGAAACCAAAGGAUGAAUGAAGCAUUCAGAGACUUAAUAUUUGAAAAAGGGAGACUCUGUAUUUUAUAUUUUAUUACAGGUACUAAUAUUUAUAAAAAUAAACUGUACCAUGCUGCUACAUGUUUUCAAGUACAUGUUGAAUAAUUCGGAUUGGGGUGUUGUUUUUUUACCAGUCUGAAGCAGCAGCUAUAGAAAUGUUGAACUAAGAUUCUGCAUCUGGACCCACCUUCAUAAUUUGUCAUUUGAAGACUUUUUUAAUCAUCAUUAAAUAAUAGGUACCUUUAGUCUCUGAAGACCAUGUAGACCAGAGCAAAUUAAACUUCAUUUUGGGUCACUCUUCGUUGUCAAAGUUCAUUGGAAUGCUUAAAUUAUGUUUGAGAAAUGCAUGUUCAUCCUCAGCUUUAUUUUCCAAUGCUUAACUGGGCAACGAAGUCUAACUUCAGGUUGAACUUUCUCAUGCUUAAUCUCAGGCUAAAUGUAAAGGAUGUUUGUAAAGUUUAAAUAAAAUUCUGUUUACUAAUUUUGAGUUAAGUAUAAAGAAAAGUGAUUGUAUGUUUAAAAAUCGAAAGUGUUAGUUUUGUGAUAAAUGAUUGAUUCUGAGA